GUACACAAUUGGGAACAAAGUGAAGCUGGGAAAGGUUCCAAAGAGACAUGGACAGACAUGAACUCUUGAAGAAGGGCUGAAUCUCAAAUGGGCGAAGGCUGCAAUCAAACAAACAAACAAACCUCAUCCAAAUCCGAGGAUGGGUGAAGGGUUUAUUUAGGGUUUGAGGAAGGGAGCUCUGUGCACUGCGCAGGUUACAUGGCCUCGCUCGCACAUGGGGUUCGGUGAUGAUGGCGGGGCAGCAGCUCACUCGCAACCCAAAGGAAUGCAUACGUGACGGAACACCACCGAAUAGCGUCUCUCUCUCUGCUUGCUCGUUUCACCUGCAGAGGCAAGUAUAGCGGAAGCGCGAUUCCGCCAGCAUUUGACUACUGGCCGGAGUUGAAUUUUUUUCGGCCAUGGAGCUCCGCAUUGAGGAUCUGAGGUCGCGGUUCGAUUUCUGGACCGUGAAGCACCCGGCGAUUCAGAGCUUUAAGUGGGAGGACCACACCUUGGUCGGGUCGUGGAACUUCGCCGUGUCAUCGGUUGUGUUAUAUAUUUUAGGCGUUUUCGUUGUCAAAUUUUUGUUGAGUUUCCGGGAUAAGCCAGUGCGUUUGGGUUUCAUACCUGUAGUCCAUAAUCUGGUGCUUACUGUCGGGUCAUUGGCUAUGUUUGUUGGCUGCUUGAACGCGACGCUGGCGGAGGUGCGCCAGAGCAACUGGUUGUGGGGGAAGAGUAGCGGCGCAGAGUGGGUGCUGUGCUUCCCGCAUGGUACUCGCGCUGUCGGGCCGGUUUUCUUUUGGUCGUACGUGUACUACCUCAGCAAGUUUUAUGAACUACUCGAUACUGUGAUACUUAUCUUUAAGAAGCGGCCACUGAGUUUCCUACAUGUGUUCCAUCACGCGACGGUCAUAUUCAUGUGCUUCUUCUGGCUCCAAGACACCCAGAGCUUGCAGAUCAUUGCUCUUCUUACGAACACGGCGGUUCAUGUCAUCAUGUACACGUACUACUUUCUUUGCAGCAUCAAUUGCCCCCCGCCGUGGAAGAAAGUUGUCACAAACGUUCAGAUUGUUCAGUUCGUGUUCAGUUUCAUCUGCGGCGUAGCCACUCUGUGGUUGCACUUUUCUGGACCAGGUUGCGCAGGAAUGUACGCCUUCUGCUUCAACCUAGUCUUCAAUGCUAGCUUGCUAUUCCUUUUCCUCAACUUUCAUAGUAAGCAGUAUGGAGGUAGUAAAGUGUCAAAAGGCAGUACCGCAGGUCGCACCCGCCGUUCGUUGCAGGCUCGCAAGCAAAAAUAAGCUUUGAUGUUUAUCCACAUGUGAUGCGUCACGAAGUUAGAAUUUAUGCGUGGAUAUUUUCAGGCAGGGUAGUAUUAGCAGUGCAGGGCAGAGGUUAAGCUUAUUACUAGACCAGAGCCGAAAUGCAGAUAAUUUCCUCAAAAGUUCUUAGGUGGUAUUGGGAGUUUAUUACAUUGAUUCUAUUCACAGGACCACUUGAUCCAUUUGAAAUUACUAGAAAUCUGGCAGUUCAUUUACCAGCGUGUGAAGAAGAGAACCUGUUGUCUGCCUACAGAUUUUUGAGUCGAUUGUUGAUUUGGUUUCGGGAUUCUCGAACGUAAGCAGUUGAAGACAACGCGUGCCUUUCAAUGAUUGGUUCCUGCAUUCACAUGGCAAUUCGCCGCUGCAGAUCAUCUAUUCUUUCGGGAAUUGAGAGGACUGGACCUCAGAACCUCGAGAUGACGCAAUCGCUGAGGGGAAUUUGUUUUUCAUCAUCAAAAUGCUUCGCUUCUUAGCAAGACAUAUGAUGUUCUCCGCCUUCAACAUUUGAUCCACAUCUGUUCUGGUUAGUUGCGCGCUGUACAGGGGACUAGGUGUGCUGCCCGAGGAAUUUUCUUUGCGGGUAUGGCUGCAGGGUGCUUGCUACAAGAUUUUGAAGUGCGUUGACGUUCGCACUGUCCCAAGAGAGCUCCAUCCAUCACUCUCAUAAGUACUAUAUGGAUGUUUGGUCUAACGAAAUGCCAUCAGCAAUAAUUUGUGUUGAAUUCUCGAUCUUAUAAUUCUCAACAACAUUUUCUAUUCUGUA